CAUCCACGUGGGGGGCGGGACGACAGCCACUUCCGGGGCCCCUCGCUCCGCCCCGCUCCACCCGAGAAGCCGGAAGUCCUAUGCGGAGUCACCACGUGAGCCACCCCGGCCCACAGGACGCAGGCCGCCAGGGCGCAGCCUAUGCUCAUGCGCAAGGCCCCCGUCCAGGCUAGCCCGUCUCGGCUCCCGUCCACCGCUUCCCGCCUUCCCUGCUUCCCGGCAGCUCCUGCGCUGUCGUCCCGGCAACGAGCUGCGCGGCCGGAAGCGCGGGCCGGAGCACCGGGAAACACGGGGAGGAGGGGGGGGGGCGCGGAGUGGGACGCGGGAGGCAGCUAAGGGAGAGGAAGCGGGGCCGUUCCACCUCCCUGCUCCGUACUUUUGCCCAGUUCGGGCCUCUCGGGACCGCCAUGGGCCCCAGCAACCUGCACACCCAGCUGCAGUUCAACAGGAACGUGCCGGCGCUGCCCGCUAAUCUGGCCAUCAGAUACUCGGGGCCCCGGCCCAUCAUCAUCGAGAAGCUGAGGCCCCCGAGCCGAGCCAGCCCCCCGGCGCCAGGGGAGCGGCGGGGCCCCCGGGCCUCGGGCCCCUUUUCCGCGGUCUCCGAAGAGAAGCUCAACCUGGCCCUGCACUUGGCCAAGAGAGACAUCAAGAGGAAGCAAUUGGAGCAGCUGCUGGGGCGCGGCCCCCCACAGCGGCAGCCCCGGGGUGCCCCCAAGGCCGCCCUCCGGGGCCAGCAGCCCCCGCCUGGGCUGGAGAAGCCGGUCCCCCUCCCCGGCCGGCAGCCCCCGCCUCCGUUGGAGACACCGGGCCCCAGGGCCAAAGUCUACCUUUCCCCGCGGCCUCUGUCCAGUUCCCCACCCACGAGGGACCCCGGCCCCCAGCCCUGCGCCCCACAGGGAGCGCAGCCUCAGAGCAUACUGGAGCUCCGGCGGCUGCAGAGAGAGCUCAGCGCCUGUCUGCAGAGGAUCGAGGGGAUGGCCGCCAAAGAUAGACCAGAGGAAGGCUUGGAUCCGGAUGAGGCCGAGAGAAGCCGAGUACGGAGGCAGGAGCAAGCUGCGCGAACAGCCCGCACCCUCUACUCCCUCCAGCAGCAGGUAAAGGAAAUCCAGGAGGAGCUGGAUAAAUUAAGUCCACAUCGAAUUAAGCACACUAAGAAGUCCAGGGCCAUGUCUCGAUUGGCAGCUGCCCACCGUGGAGCCAUCCGAGCCUUGCAGAUGUUUGUCCAUCAGUUCACUGACUCAGGGGAGCACUAUCGAGAACUGGGCCAUCUUAUUCGGCAGCUUUCCAUUUGCUCUGCCAGACUGGACGCUGAUCCUUCUGUACCUGACGUGGUCCUCGAUCUCCUGCAGCAGAUCGAGGAGCUAGAUUCCCUCCUGGAAAGGAAACAGCCACUUGGAAAGACAAGGAAAUGCUUCCCUGGAGUUCGAAGUCAGUCUCCAUUGGGUUUCCCAGUGUCCUUCACGAGGUCAUUUAGCACAUCACCAGCGAGAGAAAGGAAGCCCCCUGUGGCAAAGGAGAAGCUUUCUCAGGAAGGGAGGCGGUCAGUUGUGAGAAAGCUUCUGGAGGAUGACCGCCCAUCUUUUGCAAUGAGUCCACUGUGCCAGAUGCUGGGUGAUGGGCUGGGAGGCCCUGAAGAAGCCCUCCCCUUCUCUGACCAGUAUGCCGCCUCGACCAAAGCAAAAGCUGUGAAAAAGCGUCCUCUGACCUCUGGCGGGCCCCUCCGACGGCAAGGCCCUGUGGCAGCUGCAAAAUCACAGCAAGGACUCCACAAAGCAGAGAGGCCAAGACCCCGCCAGGCUCAGGGCCAGGACUGCCACUUCCAAAGGACAACCGUGUCAUUCAGACUAAAGAGGAACCAACCCCCUAUUAAGGACCAUCGCACACCGUGGAUCCCUCCAAACCCCACCUCCCCACCAGCCUCCCCCAAAUGUGUUGCUUGGGGAAAGGUGAGCGCCAGCCCCAAAGAUGCCGAAAGGGCGCCGUCUCCCCAACAGGAGGCAAUUCGGGAGGAGAGAGCCUGCCGGGACCCCACGGAGCACGAGGCCCUCAGGGAGCUGGCUUGGCAGCGUCCCAAGACCAGUGUAGGGGGGGCCCGGCCCCAGAGGAGGGAAAAGCGAAGGAGCUGCCUUCCGGUGCCCCUGGCGCCUUCGCUACAGACGAGGCUCGCCUGGCUGGACGCAGAGAGUGCCCGAAGGAUGAAGGAAUUGGACGAGCUGAAGGUCCGAGAGAUGGCUGGCAUCCAGAGACUGAGCUCAUCCACAUCAGACUUGGCAGACAAGGUGGAAAAGGCGGUGCUGGAGCGGCUGAGGCCCCUUCUGGAGCGAGCCAAGGAAGUCAACUCUCCUUUGGAAGCUGAUGCGCAUUUGGGGAAUUACUCAUCUGUACACAGAGCCCAGGCUCCAGAUGUGGAUAAGAUGCUAGGCCCGAGCCCUGUCCUGAGGAACAGUCUCCCAGGACGGACAGCUGGGGGUUGGCAGCGAGCCUGGUUAGUCCGACCAGCCCUGCGCCCCCUCCCCAAAGGUAAGCCUGGGCUCGGGCCUGUUUUUCAGUGUAUACUUCCAUUAUUCACUGCAGCCAAGACAGCUCCCUUGGACUAUUUUUGAGGGUUAAGUGACUUGUCCAGGGUCACACAGCUAGUAAGUGUCAAGUGUCUGUGGUCAGGUUUGAACUCAGGUCCUCCUGACUCCAGGGCCGGUGCUCUAUCCACUGAGCCACCCAGCUGCCCCGCUCCCUUGGACUUUUUCAAGGAGGAUCACGAAUUGACAGACUUAUUCUCCCGACACAAAACCUCUCUCUUAGCUGAGUUUAGUCCCUGGGAGCGCGGCCCCCCCAGGCCCAAGUCCCAGGUACCCUGGCUUCUCGGGCCUCCAAGCCAGGCCCCCACCCACCGUCCCACCUUUGAGAUGGGUGGGCCUCAGACUCCUGGUCUGGUAACAAGAAAACAAAGCUGGGAGCUCAUGAGAUCAGGGGAAGGCGUCUGGAGGAGAGAGGGACAGGAGGCCUGCCCUCCUCCCCAAAGGCCGCCCUUCACCCCAGGCCUUCCCUGAGGCCCCGUAGCUGCUCCUUCCUCCCUCCCUCCCUUCCUCUGCUUGGCCACACACUCCAACCCCCUGCACCUCUCAUCUUCCUCCCUCCCUCAGGCUCUGCCCUGGUGCACAUAGUAGGUACUUCCUACCCAUCCCUGUUGUCUUGAAGGCAGGGGGAAAGCCUGGGAUGGUUCCCGGCUCCAGGGCCAUCUCCUCCCUCUGCCUCCCCUGUGACGGGCCCUUGGCAUGGCCUUUGGCAUGCUGGGCAUUUAAGAGAUGUGUGUCACCCUGGGGCGAGGCCCCAUUCUCCCUCAUGGAAGCUCUUUAUCUUAAACCCCUGUGGGUACAGCCUCACUAAGGGAGGGAAGGGGGGGGCGGAGCACAGCCAGCCAGACCCCCUCCUCCCAAGUCCAUGGGGCAGAUGUUGCUGAGGUGACUCUUUUGUCUUGUUGGGGGCCUUGGGUGACUGCCAGUCCAGGCAGGCAGGUGGGGGAGCACAAUGGUUAGAGCUGCUGUGCCAGGCUGUGUGACUCUGGAUAAGUCACAUCACUUCUCAGUCCUUACCCCAGCCCUUAAGACUUUCAGGGGGUGGAGGAGGUGCAGAUCUGUGUUGGAAGAGGGCAUUUCCACGCCCUUGAAGUCUCAGAUCCGCUUCUGAGAUGGAGCCUGACAGCAUGGGGCCGUGGGGCAGCCCCCUGGUGCCUGCUGCUCAUGCCUCCUCUGUGUUACAGGCACUCCCCAGUGAGGAGUUCCCUGCCUCUGCUCCCCAAGAUUCAGCCCCAGACCUCCACACUCAUACUCCAACUCAAGCCCUGGGUUUCC